AGGAUUUUUUUAAUUUAUUUUUUUAUUCGGCGUCUCAGAGUCAAGAUGGCUGCCCACGGUUCCCUGCUCUCCGUGUUCAAAAGUAUAAAUCCACGUUGGAACGGACCUCUGGGAAAUAGUGUAAAAAUAUUUGGAACAACUUUUACAAACCAUCGGAAUAAAGCCACUCUCACUAGAGAACACAUUCCUCCUCCUGCUAAGUAUGGAGGUCGGCACACCGUCACCCUCAUACCUGGAGAUGGAAUCGGUCCAGAGCUCCUAAGUCAUGUCAAAGAGGUUUUCAGGUUCAGUUGUGUGCCUGUUGACUUUGAGGUGGUGCAGGUCAACUCUGCUAUGGAAAGUGAAGAUGACAUCAUGGAUGCCAUCACUGCGAUCCGCCGAAACGGAGUUGCCCUUAAAGGUAAUAUUGAGACCAAACAUACUUUGCCACCAUCUGUCAAAUCCAGGAACAAUGUUCUGCGAACAACCUUAGAUCUGUAUGCUAAUGUGAUGCACUGCCAGUCCCUCCCUGGUGUCCAGACUCGCCACAAGGACAUUGACAUCAUGAUAAUCCGAGAAAACACGGAGGGCGAAUACAGCAGCCUGGAGCACGAGAGUGUACCCGGGGUAGUGGAGUGUCUGAAGAUCAUCACCAGGAACAAUUCCCUCAGGAUCGCCGACUAUGCUUUCCGACUUGCCAGGGAGAAGGGUCGCAGCAGAGUCACUGCUGUGCAUAAGGCUAACAUCAUGAAGCUUGGUGAUGGUUUGUUUCUGCAGUGCUGUAGGGAAGUGGCCUCUGGAUACCCAGACAUUACAUUUGACAGCAUGAUUGUGGACAACACCACUAUGCAGCUUGUGUCCAAACCACAGCAGUUUGAUGUAAUGGUGAUGCCUAAUCUAUAUGGAAAUGUUGUGAGCAACGUGUGUGCUGGCCUGGUAGGAGGCCCCGGCCUUGUGCCUGGAGCCAAUUAUGGUCAGGACUAUGCUGUAUUUGAAACGGCCACAAGAAACACAGGGAAAAGUAUUGCUGGUAAAAACAUUGCAAACCCCACAGCCAUGCUGCUGGCUAGCUGCAUGAUGCUGGACCACCUGAAGCUUUAUAAUUAUGCCACCUUGAUCAGGAAUGCUGUCCUCACUACAAUGAAUGAAACUAGGUUGCACACAGCUGAUCUUGGAGGUCAGGGCACCACUUUAGAGGUGGUCCAGUCUGUCAUGAGGGUCAUCCAGAGCAAGGGACAGCUCACAGCCGAGUUUUAAGCAGCUUUCAAAUGAUAACAUGCACCUUCAUAGCCAAAUCUGUGGUGGCUCAGGUGCAACAAAUACAGCCUAACAUGUCUGUUUCCAUGGAAUCAUGCAUGACUUAUUAUUUCACAGUGGAAAGUGUACUUUAUUUUCACCAGUGUGUCUUGUUUAUUGUAACGAUUACAAUCUUUUAAUUCAAGUCGGUCAUCCGUCAGUUGAUAAAGUCACUGUAAAGUAAUGACAUUACUGUUGUAAUCAUGCAAAAUGUGCAUUACCCAUUUCAGGUCAUAACUUUUUAUUAUAUUGUGUUUGAUACACACCUUCAUGCUUUUUCUCAUGUUAUCAGCCUAACUUGAGUUUGCAAAGAAAAAUUAUUUGAAUUCAUAAAGUGAUUCCACCGAUAAUUUCUGUCAAAGCUUUUUCUGUAAUGAUGUUGUAACUGUCAAAGUGGGCUAUACACAAAAUAUGAAAACACAACAUGUUUUCUCAUUGGUCGAAUUCAUUGUAAAACCAAUCAAUCAAUAAAUACUGCUUAAAUAAACAUUCUUCAAAAAAA